AUGAGCAGUGAACCUUAUGCCGUCACGCUGAAGACGGCGGUAAACACCAGGGCACCUUUGUGCGAGCGGGUGGCGUGGAAGCAGCAGCAGCGGUCUGAUGAAUUUGUCUCCGCUAUCUCUGCGCUGCAUCGCGGCAUUCAUACAACAUACGACGCCGCAUACGCCACCGUCCGCGCCCGCACGGACCCCUCCGACGACAAUCGCUACCUCACCCUCCUCCGCUCCCGGAGAGCGACAGAGGCAGCAUCCUCCGCACGAGGCGGAGGCGCGGGCAGCACGAAGGAGCUGUCACACCGCGAGCAGAAGGAGUCACAGGCACCGCUGCCAUCUCCGCCGCCAACGGAGGCUUUGCACGGUGCGCGGAGGACGCGGUUCGUUGAGCCUGUUUUCACCAGACACAUGCCCAGUGCAUGGGAGACGGAGCAGCAGGUGAGCACUCGCGAAUUACUACCCGUCGUGUCGCACAACUUUUACAGCACCGCUCGCAAGCUUGAACGCGAGGACGACGACCAUCGCAGCGGUCUCGUCGGAAACACACAGCGGAAUGUAGACAUUAUGCGCAAACGGGCAAACAACCCCGUUCUCUGUCCUGCUGCAAACACGUACCGCACCUUUCGCCCCGUUCGUCCGAGAUGCGACACCGACGAGAACGGUCGCCCCGCGCGGUACUGCCUCGACAUUGUUGACUGCACGCAACUUGCCCCACCGACGGAGGCUCAGUUAGGCUUUGACGCCGGUCCUAUCACCCGCCUGCCGGGUGCGGCAACAGUCUCGCAGACGCUUCCCGUGCAGCAGCGUGUCAUCACGCGUAUGGGAACCUCUCAUCCGCUCUUUAUUGGCACCGCGAAGGUGUUGGAGACAGCGGUACCCGGUUACGCAGGAUAUGUUCCCUCCCACCCACAAAACAUUGCGUCGGUGCGCGGCAAUGACACCGACCCGCUACGUAUUUGGAGCAACUCUUUCAUGACUCUCGCCGAACAUGGCGGCGGUAUAGAUGCACGUACCAGCUGCAAAAACCCGCUGGUACGGAGGCGUGGCGGGACGCGUGCGCGGCAGGCCAAAGAACUGCCUCCCAAGAGUGAGAAGUCCAUCUCCAGUACGGUUGAGGGUUCAAUGUUGCGUGCUACGCUGCAUGACACUUUGCCCGAAGAAUGCGUCAUGAACCGACGUGAAGACAAGGCGCGCAACUGUUUUGUGUAG